CAAUUUCAUUGCAGUAAAGAUGUUCCCUUUUCGUGUCCAUAACAGUAAAACAUUGAUUUGAAUUGCUUGUUUGAUUGUUAUGUAAUGAAACACAGGUCUCCGACCUUGUUUGAUGACAAAACGUCGAGCUGCGCAGAGUGUCGGUUUAUUACGGUAGGAGGAAGAGUCCAUUUGUACGCUCCGCUGACGUCAGAGGACCCGCUGAAAUUCAAAGUUAGAGAAGGACACUGCAACACCUGAAGACAAGGAGGCCGUUUUCUCGAUUUAAUGCAACUUAGGUUUGACCUGAAUAGAACUUAAGGUUUUAAGACAUAGUCUCGGUUCAUAAUGGAAGCUGGGCAAGAAAAUGGCAGCAGUGUCACCUUAAAGAGGCAGAGGGAACCUCUGUCGGACACUGAAGACAACAUCGUCCCUGCAGCAGAUGUAAAAGAUGGACUGAAGCGACGGCGUCUGGAAGCAGCUGGUCAGGAGAACCUGACUCCUGAGGCAUCCUCAUCUGGACGUCUGGCGGAGUUCCAGGCAAAACCGGACACACCAGUGAUCCCGUCGGUCCGUUCCCGAGUCCAGCUGCUCACCCAGAGAAAAGACGGUUUUUUUGCACAGCGUUCUUUCUCUCAUCCAGGAAACGAAGGCCCAUCGGUUCCCAGCAAGGGUGUCAGUGAGCGUCUUCUCGGUGAGGAAGAAUUUCAUCAACGGCUGGAGCGUUUUAAGGCACCAGCCUCUCAGGCCGACACCACCCAAACGCCGAGCCCUGCCGGCUCCUGCCCCCGGCCCCGCUCCGACUUUGUGUCUGGCAUUCAGCAGAAACUGCAGUGCACAACAACACCCAGCUCCAAACAGGCUUCCAUCAUGCGCCAGGAACGGGAGCUGGAGUUAAACCAGUUGCCUUUCCAGCCAAUCAGUAAGAACGCUUGGCUGAAAAGGUGCAGCUCGGAUUCAUCAAUAACUCAGGGAGGGCCUCCUGCUGGCUGCUCUUCCCCCGCCUCUCGGGUUCCUGUGUCUAAAAGGACAUUUUGUUGGCCUCCCAUUCAGCCCUGGGAUGAGGUCCCUGGAGACGUUGAGAUGAAAGAUGGGAGUUUUUCUGAAAUGUUGACAUCUGUGGCUACGACACCUUCUGGAAAUAUGACGGGUGAAGGAGCGGUCGCUGACGCUCCUGCUGCGUCUACAGAGCUUAAACUCAACAGAGAGGGGCAGAAGGAAAGCCUUCCUCACGGUGAGGAAGCAGGAAAUGAGAACAAGCUCAAGCCUGCAACUGUGAAUACAGAAGAGCAGCCAGGGUCCCAGCACCCAGAGAGCCAGACGGUGUUAAAGUUGUCUUUCAGUGAUGAGCACAGCCUGUCUGAUCUGCACACAUCUGAUAAACACAGCUUCUUGCAAUCAACUCUCCUAGAUGAGUCAAACACGAAGGAAACGAGCAAAGUUUCCAGAGUGACUGAGGUGGAAAAGUCUGAGGUGUUUCCUUUUGACGAAGAUGAGACGAUGGAAGGCUCUACGUGUGGUGAAGAGAUUGAGCCUUCAACCGACGAGGAACUAAGGGAGUGGAGAUAUCCUCAAGGAAACGCGUCAGCUGACGAGGAGGCGAUCUCGGAGGAGAGAGUGUUUAGUGAGGAGAAGGAAGAAGAAAUGGAGGCAGCUAGAGAGGAGAAGGAGAAAAGGAGUAGCUUGAGAAAUGAAGGUGAUCCUGCUGAUGUUAGAAGUGCUCCAGAUCUAGAUGUCUCAGAAAAGACAGCUGGCUUUGGUGGACAACAGGAAGAUGAGAAGCUUAGACCAGAAGAGAAGAGGAGUGAUGGAGAUAACAGAGUAGAUGACUCCUUGACAAGGAAAUCGGCUUUAAAAACCAAAACAUUGAGAGAGAAACCAUCAGAAAAUGCAGAACAUGAAACCAGCUUUGAAAACGAAGCUCAACCUGGUGGGAGGGAUGAAUGUCAGGGUUCAUCUGAGAUCCAGAUGUCAGACUCCCAUCAGGGGGAGAGGGCAGUUUUAGGUGGGCUGAAAACAGAAAGCUCAAAAAAAGUCACCUUUUUCCUGGAGCCGGAGCUGAUCAGUGGCUCUCCUUUACCUGAGCGCAACGCCUCAGAGGGGUCCAGGGCAGACGGCAGUCUGUCAGAUUCAGGGUCAAGCUCUCAUGACGACACCAACUCGACAGAAACCAUUGAGAAGAUGUUUGAAGAGGUGCUGGAAUAUGCCGGGCGUGCAGAAGAGGAGGGACGAGUUGAGGAAGACGGAGAGGAUCAUGACAGUGGCAUCGGUUCUUGUUCUGUUGGAAAGAGUGGCGAGAAGAUUGAAAGAGAGGAAGAGCCCAGAGGAGAGGAAUGUGAUGAAAACGAUGAGCUUCUUACUUUUCCUCAAAGCGGCAUCCUCUCUCCUCUCAGCAAGUCUUUUGAAGCUGUGGUUACCCCACUGCGACUGGCUGCGGCCCAAGAGUCUCAUCCUCCACCUUUGCUCCUGUCUCCAGAGGAAAGCAGCACUCCUCCUGAAUCUGCUCCUCUGUACAGCAUCGAUGCGUAUCGCACACAAAGGCAACGUAAGCUGCCAGCCAUCCAGAGCGUGACGCCUGUGGUUCAACGACGGACGCCAGAGACGCCGAAGCCCAAAGAGUCUGCCAACACCAAGGAGAAGAUAACUGCUCUGAAUGAAGAAGCUGGGAAACUGCAGCUGGUGAUCAACCAGACGCUGCAGGCGCUGAGCUGCUGCACCGAUGAGGAGCACGGACGAGGCUCUCUGGAGGAGGCCGAAGCUGAGAAACUCCUGCUGGUGUCCUGUGAGAAACGGUCUGCUCUGCUGGCAGAGGUGUCCAGACUGCGGGAGGAGAGGAGCCUGCAAUCUGAAGAGGCUCCAAAGGAGGACACGGACUACGUUUCCCAGCAGGCCUGCAGAGGAACCAUCAACAUCACCGACAUCCAGCUGCCGCUGAAGGUUGAGUUUGUCUGCUCGUCGAACAGCCGUCCAGGUCGACCGAGCCACUACUUUUUCAUCCUGAUCCGCUACGGACCGUGCAACGUCAUCGCCACGCCGCUGGCCACAGCUGCCGACGCUCAAAACGGAGACGCCAUCUCCUUCCCGACUGCAGUCACUCUAAAGGAUAUACGCUCGUCUUUUGAGAUUGAUGUUGAAGUCUACAGCCUGUGUCCUAGCUCAGGAUCCACCAGUACCUCAGACCGGACCAGCACCAAGUCCCGUGUCACACCAAGGAAGUUUCUGAACACCCUUACACAGAAAUCCAGCAACAUUUUCACAUCUCCUGCUGCUCUCGGCACUCGCCGCUCCAGUAACUUUUCUCUGGUGGGUUCCCACAAGAUCACCUGGGCUUCACUGGGACGCAGGAAGUUUCCUCUUGAUAAGAUGAAACUUGAUGGCAAAAUCAGGAGGCUGCUGGGAGAUGAAUUUCAGGAAAAGGUGCCAUUUCUUUCACCACUGGAGGGCCACAUCUACCUGAAACUGGACAGCGAGGGCCACUCCGAUGUGCAGCACCAAGGCUUCCUGACGAUGUUUGAGUUGAUCAGUGGAUUUGGGGUGUGGAAUCGGCGAUAUUUUGUCCUGGAGGAAUGCAACUUGUCCUACUGGAGCAACCCAAAUGACAAGGAGACCAAGGAAGCAGAAGGCAGCAUCUCUCUGUCCAGGUCUCCCAGUCAGUGUGUCAGGCCUGUUAAGAGAGAUUCAUGUGCUCGACCUUUCACCUUUGAGCUGGUGAACGCCUCUCAGCAGGAAGACCAAAACCAGGACGUGCUAUCCAAGUGUUGGUUCUCGGCCGACACCAAGCAGGAGCGGUUGGACUGGAUGGAGAAGCUCAACCAAGCCCUGCUGGACUUCCACACGUGGAGCCGUCCCCCGGCGGAGAACCAGGCGUUCAACGUGUCCAACGUGUCCAGCAGCGGGAACCUGACGGAGAGCAUCCUGUAGCGCGAACAGAGUCCUGGAUCCGUCCUGGAAUCAGCUUUUUUAGGUUUUUGGUCUGAGCUGAUAUCGGAGAUUAGAUUAGAUUAGAUUAGAUCAGAUCAGAGCUGUGGGACACCAUGAAACAUCUCAUGUUGAUUUAUUGAUGGGAGACUAAUUCAUUUUUCUGUUUUAAUCCCAAUCUAAUCUAUAAUCAUUGGGUUUCAGUUUUAUUUGCAGACUUUGUUGCAAAUUGAAUUUUUUUAGUAUCAUGUCAGAUUUUUUUUUUUUAACUGGUUUUAUUUUUUUUGCAGGAUUUCAUUUGGUGAGCAGCUGCUCUGUUAAUAAUUGGUCACUUUAAGUUGUUGUCGCCUUUGCUAUUGCCAAUAUUUACUUAUGUACAUGAAUGGAUUCAGAUUCUAUUUUUAUUGUUCAAGCUUGAAGGAUAAAUUGUGAUCAAUACACUAAUACUAAAUAAAUGUAUGACUAAGGCAGGAUGGGAGUAUCGGUGAGAACGUGAAACCGAUCAAAAGCCGUUUUCUCUGUUAAAUGUUCGGGUUUGGCUGCAUUUGGCUGAGGGACAAAAAGCCUGUUGUUGGUUCUGGGAUUUAAUUAAGUGGAAGAGAAAUAUACAAAACUAUCUUCUCCACCUUGAUCUGAAGGAGGACGGUUUGGUUGCCUAGACUUUAAAUAUUCCUAAUUUACAAAAUUUUACCCUCAAUAUCUAAAUGGUAGCAGUUUCUUUUAGUUUUCUUUUUUUUAUAUAUAUACAAACGGACCUUUUGAUAACCAGCAUUGCUGGUGUCUUGUCUGACUUCAUUCCCAGCACGUUAAGUGUUAAUCAUUCUUACAAAUACAAAGACCCAUUUAGUUACUGACGUAAAACACGUAUGUAAGGUGAGGGUAAAUGAUUUGUUCUGUUUAGUUUUCUUUCCCCUGUCAUGUCGUUGGUUUUCUUGUAUAUGUGCGUUUUCAGUGUAUGAGAAUGUAUCAAUAAAGUCUAAGGAUUGAAA